AUGGUGCAAUGGGUUCGGUCCCGAAGGCACGAGUCGCUUCUCCACACCGUAAAGCGGGUCGAUAUCAUUUUCACUCUGUGGGCCCAUUUUUUUCUUGCGAUUGCGAUUGCAUAUGGGUCGUUUGGAGUACGCUGUUGGGCUGCACAUUGGUCGUUGGGCCGAGAAUUUCGCAUAUGGGCCUGGGAGACGCGUGUUGGGCUGCUGCAUUGCUCGCGGGCCGUGCGGGCUGAAGUUGUGAGGGACUCGGACUCAGACGCGGUCUGCGCGGGUUGGAAUCAGCCCGCAUGUUUUUCCUCCUUCUCCCGAUGGGCUGCCCGAUGUGGGCCUCCCGCGAAUUUGGGUCGCGUACUGGUUAGAGCCUUGCUCAUCCUACUCUCGCUGGGCGUCCUUCAAGGACUAGGCGCGUACGAAACGGCCUUUUCUCUCUUUUCUCACACAAAACCCUCCAACUCCUCCGAUCCCCCUUCACACAAGUCCGCCACAUCCUCCGAUCCCCUUUCCGCCGCCGCAUCAGCCUCUACCUCGCUCAAGCACCGCCGCCCUGCGAGUGAGAACAUCCGCGACGAGGCCCGCUGCCACGCCUCGCCCCACGGCUUCUCUGCCAUGUACGUCCCCUUCAACGCCGACCCAUUCUCCACCGACUCCUACUCCCUCGACGAGAUCGUCUACGAGUCAUCCCCGCGUCAUCUCCAGGAUAAUUUUGGAUUAUUUCGCCAAAAUCGAGGAAGGCAACGCCUAAAACAACGGCAACCAGUCACCUCAGCCACUCCUCAUCCUCUCGUCCGCGGCGUUCCUCAUCCUCUCGUCCGCGGCCAGCAAACGCUGCCAAAUCCCCAAUCCUCAGUCACCUCAGUUAAUCGAAUGUGGAGCCACUCCUCUGCUCCGUUCCGACUUCCAUGCGGAACCCAUCGCCGACGGCAUCGCCGACAUUGUAGGCAAUUUAUCGAACAUGUCACGACCAAUCCCAUGGAGAUUCUGAGCAUGAACAUGAAAUGCGGGUUCUCGAGAUUUUGCGAGAUGAAGUAUAAAGAGCUUGUUUACCUGACCAUUGAGUGCUCGAUUUUCAGACGUAUGGACAGGAAGGAGAAGGUGAUGGAUUCUUGGAAAUCAUUGGCUGUUUUUCACAAGUUGUUUGUUAGGACGGCGAGCUCGAUUUGA